AUGCAAAUAGAGCUCUCUAUCUGCUUCUUUCUGUGCCUUUUGCCGGUCAACUUUAGUGCCACCAGAAGAUACUACCUGGGCGCAGUUGAACUGUUCUGGGACUACAGGCAAAGUGAACUGCUCAGUGAUCUCCAUGUGGAUACAAGGUUUUCUCCUGGAGUGCCAAGAUCUUUUCCAUUCAGCACCUCAGUCAUGUACAAAAAGACUGUCUUUGUAGAGUUCACAGAUCACCUUUUCAACAUUGCCAAACCCAAGCCUCCAUGGAUGGGUCUGCUGGGUCCUACCAUCCGGGCUGAGGUUUAUGACACAGUGGUCAUUACACUUAAGAACAUGGCUUCUCAUGAUGUCAGUCUUCAUGCUGUAGGUGUAUCCUACUGGAAAGCUUCUGAAGGUGCUGAAUAUGAGGAUCAGACCAGCAAAAGGGAGAAGGAAGAUGAUAAAGUCAUUCCUGGUGAAAGUCAUACCUACAUCUGGCAAGUCCUGAAAGAGAAUGGUCCAAUGGCCUCUGACCCACCAUGUCUCACCUACUCCUAUCUUUCUCAUGUAGACCUGGUGAAAGACCUGAAUGCAGGCCUCAUUGGAACCCUGCUGGUUUGUAGAGAAGGGAGUCUGGCCAAAGAACGGACAGAGACAAUGCAUGAUUUUGUACUACUUUUUGCUGUAUUUGAUGAAGGUAAAAGUUGGCAUUCAGAAGCAUAUGGGUCCUCUACACAAGCUAUGGAUCCUGCAUCUGCUAGACCCCGGCUUGAAAUGCACACAAUCAAUGGAUAUGUAAACCGGUCUCUGCCAGGUCUGAUUGGAUGUCACAAGAAAUUGGUAUAUUGGCAUGUGAUUGGAAUGGGCACGACCCCUGAAGUGCACUCAAUUUUCCUUGAAGGUCACACAUUUCUUGUGAGGAACCAUCGACAAGCCUCCUUGGAGAUCUCGCCAAUAACUUUCCUUACUGCUCAGACACUUCUGAUGGAACUUGGCCAGUUUCUACUAUUUUGCCAUAUCUCUUCUCACCAGCAUGAUGGUAUGGAAGCUUAUGUCAAAGUGGAUAGUUGCCCAGAGGAACCCCAACUACGGAUGAAAAAUAAUGAAAGAGAGGAAUAUGAUGAUGAUGAUCUUUAUGACUCUGACAUGGAUAUUGUCAGGUUUGAUGAUGACAACUCUUCUCCCUUUAUCCAAAUCCGCUCAGUUGCCAAGAAACAUCCUAAAAUUUGGGUCCACUAUAUUGCUGCUGAAGAGGAGGAAUGGGACUAUGCUCCCUCAGUCCCCACCUCUAAUGACAAAAAUUAUACGAGCUUAUAUUUGAAUAAUGGUCCUCAGCGGAUUGGUAGGAAGUACAAAAAGGUCCGAUUUAUGGCUUACACAAAUGAAACAUUUAAAACUCGUGAAGCUAUUCAGUAUGAAUCAGGAAUCCUUGGACCUUUACUUUAUGGAGAAGUUGGAGAUACCCUGUUGAUUAUAUUUAAGAAUCAAGCAAGUCGACCAUAUAACAUAUUUCCUCAUGGAAUCACUGAUGUCAGGCCUUUGCAUGCAGGGAGAUUGCCAAAAGGUGUGAAACAUCUGAAAGAUAUGCCAAUUCUGCCAGGAGAGAUAUUCAAAUAUAAAUGGACAGUGACUGUAGAAGAUGGGCCAACUAAAUCAGAUCCUCGGUGCCUGACUCGAUAUUACUCAAGCUUCGUAAAUCAAGAGAGAGAUCUAGCUUCAGGACUUAUUGGCCCUCUUCUCAUCUGCUACAAAGAAUCUGUAGAUCAAAGGGGAAACCAGAUGAUGUCAGACAAGAGAAAUGUCAUCCUGUUUUCUGUAUUUGAUGAGAAUCGAAGCUGGUACCUCACAGAGAAUAUGCAGCGCUUCCUCCCCAAUGCAGAUGGGAUGCAUCCCCAGGAUCCAGACUUCCAAGUUUCCAACAUCAUGCACAGCAUCAAUGGCUAUGUUUUUGAUAGUUUGCAGCUGUCAGUUUGUUUGCAUGAAGUGGCAUAUUGGUACAUUCUAAGUGUUGGAGCACAGACUGACUUCCUUUCUGUCUUCUUCUCUGGAUAUACCUUCAAACACAAAAUGGUCUUUGAAGACACACUUACCCUAUUUCCAUUCUCAGGAGAAACUGUCUUCAUGUCAAUGGAAAACCCAGGUCUGUGGGUUCUGGGAUGCCACAACUCAGAUUUUCGGAACAGAGGCAUGACAGCUUUACUGAAGGUUUCUAGUUGUAGCAGAAACAUUGGUGAUUUGUAUGAGGACACAUAUGAAGACAUUCCAACUUCCUUGCUGAAUGAAAAUGAUGUCAUUGAACCCAAAAGCUUCUCCAAGAAUUCAAGACACCGUAGCACUAGGCAAAAGCAAUUUGAAGUCACUAUAACUCCAGAAAAUGAUAUGGAGAAGAUUGAUCCUUGGUCUGAAGAGAGAACACCACUACAUAAAGUACAAAGUGUUUCCUCUGGUGAUUUGUUGAUGCUCUUGGGAGAGAAUCCUACUCCACAUGGAUUAUCCUUAUCUGAUCUCCAAGAAUCCACAUAUAAGGCUGAUGAAAGAAACAAAGGCCCAUCUGAAAUGAUACAUCUCAGACCAGAGCUCCAUAAGAGUAGGGACAGAGUAUUUACUCCUAAGACAGAACUACAAUUAAGAUUAAAUGAGAAUUUGUUGUCAACUAUAAAAGUAGAGUUGAAGAAACUUGAUUUAACAAUUCCUAGUUUAUCAAACAAUCUAAUUACUUCACCAACAAUUCCAUCAGAAGAGUUGGCAGCAGGUACUGAACAGACAGGUUCCUUAGAAUCCCCAAAUAUGCCAAUUCACUUUAGUAAUCAAUCAGGUACCAUUAUAUUGGACAAAAAUGCAUCUCACCUUAUUGGGUCUGGUGUACCUUUGGGUUUAAGUAAGGGAGAUAAUGAUUCCAAGUUGUUAGAAGCAGAUUUAAUGAAUAGUCAAGAAAAUUCACUAGGAGAAAAUGCAUUAUCAGUGGAGAGUGAUACGUUAUUUAAAGAAGAAAUUCAUGAACCUGCUUCAUUGACAAAGACUCACAUCGAUGGCCCAACAUUAUCCAUUAAGAAUAGUACACCUGUCUGGCAAGAUAUUACAUUAAACAGUAAUUCUGAGGUUCAAAAAGUGACUUCUUUGAUUCAUGAUGAAAUGCUUAUGGACAAAAAUAUUAUAGCUCUGGGCCUAAAUUAUGUGUCAAAUAAAACAACUUCAUCAAAUAUAAUAGAAAUGGUUCACCAAAAAAAAGAGGCCCCUGUUCCCAUAGGUACAGAAAAUCCAGAUAUAUCACUCUUCAAGAUGCUGUUCUUGCCAGAUUCAGCAAAUUGGACUAAAAGGACCCAUGGCAAGAACUCCCCAAGCUCUGAGCAAAGGCCUGGUAUAAAGCAGUUGAUACCUUUAGGAUCAGAAAAAUCUGUGAAAGAUCAGAAUUUCUUGUCAGAGAAGAAUAAAGUGGUAGUAGAAGAGGAUGAAUUUACAAAGGACCUGGGACUCAAAGAGAUGAUUUCUCCAAACAAUAAGAGCAUAUUUCUUACUAACUUGGCUAAUAUCCAAAAAGAUGAUACACGCAAUCAAGAAAAAGAAUCCCAGGAAGAAAUAGAAAGGAAGGAAAAAUUAAUCCAAGAGAAUGUACUUUUACCUCAUGUGUAUACAGUGAAUGGCAUUAAGAAUUUCCUGAAGAACCUUUUCUUACUAAGCACAAAGCAAAAUGUAGACAGUUUAAAUGAGGGGACAUAUAUUCCAAUACUUCAAGACACCAGGUCAUUAAAUGAUUCAGCAAAUAGCGCAGGGAUUCACAUAGCCCAUUUCUCAAAAAUAAAGGAGACAGCAAACUUGGAAGGCUUGAGAAAUCAAACAAAACAAGUGGUAGAGAAAUAUCUAAACACCACAAGGAUAUCUCUUAAUCCAAGUCAGCAGAAUGUUAUUGCUCAACGUGGUAAGCGGGAUUUAACACAAUUUACACUCCAAGAAAAAGACAUAAAGUUUGAAGGUGGGAUAAUUUUUAAUGACACCUCAACCCAGCGGUCCAAAAAUAUAAAAUAUUUGACCCAGGGCACCCUCACACAGAUAGAGUACCACGGGAAGGAGAAAGGGGACAUUAAUCAGUCCCUCUUAUCAGAUUUUUCUAUGAGAAGUCAUGGCAUCAUUCAAACAGAUGGCUCUACAUUACCCCUUGUGAAGGUAUCAGCAUUUCCAUCAACUAAACCUACAGAUGUGACCAAGAUCCCACCCCAAGACAACUCUCCUCAUCUAUCAUCAGCCUAUAGCCAUACCUUUAGGGAGAGGAGUUCUGGAGUCCAAGAAAGCAGUCAUUUCUUACAAGGAGCCAAAAGAAAUCUUUCUUUAGCCUUCCAAAUCUUGGAAAUGAUUGGAGGACAGGAAAACAUUAGCUCCCUGGGAGAAAGUGCCACAGACUCACUCAUGCACAAAAAACUUGAGAACACUGUUCUCUUGAAACCAGGCUUCUCUGAAGCAUCUGGCAAAGUUGAAUUACUUCCUAAAGUUUAUGUUCAUCAAGUAGACUCUUUGUCUAUAAACACUAGCAAUGGUUCUCCUGGCCACCCUGAUCUAAUAGAAGGUAUCUUCCUUCAGAAAACACAGGAUGCUGUUAAAUUGAAUAAAGUAAAUAGACCUGGAAAUGUGCCCUUUCUGAAAUGGGCAACUGAAAGCUCUGAAAAGACUCCCUCCAAACUGCUAGGUCUCCUCACUUGGGAUAAUCAAUAUGCUACCCAGUUACCAAUAGAAGAGUGGAAAUCCCAACAGAAGUCACACAAAAACAUAACUUUCAAGACAAAAGACACCAUUUUACCCCUAGACCCUUAUAAAAAUAAUAAUUCAAUAGCAGCAAUAAAGGAAAGACAAGAUAAACCCCAAAGAGAAGCCACCUGGGCAAAGCAAGGAGAAACUGGGAGGUUGUACUUUCAGAAUCCACCAGUCUUGAAACACCAUCAAAGGAAAAUAACCCCUACUACUCUUCAGCCAGAGGAAGAGAAAAUUGACUAUGAUGAUAACUUCUCAAUUGAAAUGAAGAGAGAAGAUUUUGACAUAUAUGGUGAGGAUGAAAAUCAGGGCCCUCGCAGCUUUCAAAAGAGAACACGACACUAUUUUAUUGCUGCAGUGGAGUGUCUCUGGGAUUAUGGAAUAAGUAAAUCCAUAAAAAACAGUGCUCAGAAUAGAGAUGUCCUUCAGUUCAAGAAAGUGGUUUUCCAGGAAUUUACUGAUGGCUCCUUUACUCAGCCCUUAUACCGUGGAGAACUAAAUGAACACUUGGGACUCCUGGGGCCAUAUAUAAGAGCAGAAGUUGAAGACAAUAUCAUGGUAACUUUCAAAAACAAGGCUUCUCGUCCCUACUCCUUCUAUUCUAGCCUUAUUUCAUAUGAGGAAGAUCAGAGACAAGGAGCAGAACCUAGAAAAAAGUUUGUCAAGCCUAAUGAAACCAAAGAUUACUUUUGGAAAGUGCAACAUCAUAUGGCACCCACUAGAGAUGAGUUUGACUGCAAAGCCUGGGCUUAUUUUUCUGAUGUUGAUCUGGAAAAAGAUAUGCACUCAGGCUUGAUUGGACCCCUUCUGAUCUGCCGAACCAACACACUGAACCCUGCUCAUGGGAGACAAGUGACAGUGCAGGAAUUUGCUCUAUUUUUUACUAUUUUUGAUGAGACCAAGAGCUGGUACAUCACCGAAAACAUGGAAAGGAACUGCAGGGCUUCCUGCAACAUCCAGAUGGAGGAUCCCACUUUUAAAGAAAAUUAUCGCUUCCAUGCAAUCAAUGGCUAUGUGAUGGAUACUCUACCUGGCUUAGUAAUGUCUCAGGAUCAAAGGAUUCGAUGGUAUCUGCUCAGUAUGGGCAGCAAUGAAAACAUCCACUCUAUUCAUUUCAGUGGACAUGUAUUCACUGUACGGAAAAAAGAGGAGUAUAAAAUGGCAGUCUACAACCUCUAUCCAGGUGUUUCUGAGACAGUGGAAAUGCUACCAUCUGAAGUUGGGAUUUGGCGGAUAGAAUGCCUUAUUGGCGAACAUCUACAAGCUGGGAUGAGCACUCUUUUUCUGGUGUACAGCAAGAAGUGUCAGAGUCCACUGGGAAUGGCUUCUGGAUACAUUAGAGAUUUUCAGAUUACAGCUUCAGGACAAUAUGGACAGUGGGCCCCAAAGCUGGCCAGACUUCAUUAUUCCGGAUCAAUCAAUGCCUGGAGCACCAAGGAUCCCUUUUCCUGGAUCAAGGUGGAUCUAUUGGCACCAAUGAUUAUUCACGGCAUUAUGACCCAGGGAGCCCGUCAGAAGUUCUCCAGCCUCUACAUCUCUCAGUUUAUCAUCAUGUAUAGUCGUGAUGGGAAGAAGUGGCAGAGUUAUCGAGGGAAUUCCACUGGGACCUUAAUGGUCUUCUUUGGCAAUGUGGAUUCAUCUGGUAUAAAACACAAUAUUUUUAACCCUCCAAUUAUUGCUCAGUACAUCCGUUUGCACCCAACACACUACAGCAUCCGCAGUACUCUUCGUAUGGAGUUAAUGGGCUGUGAUUUAAACAGCUGCAGCAUUCCACUAGGAAUGGAGAAUAAAGCAAUAUCAGAUGCACAGAUUACUGCCUCAUCCUACUUAAACAAUAUGUUUGCCACCUGGUCUCCUUCACAAGCCCGACUUCACCUCCAGGGGAGGACUAAUGCCUGGAGACCCCAGGUAAAUAAUCCAGAAGAGUGGCUGCAAGUGGACUUCCAGAAGACAGUGAAAGUUACAGGAAUAACCACCCAGGGGGUGAAAUCUCUCCUUAUCAGCAUGUAUGUGAAGGAGUUCCUCAUCUCAAGUAGUGAAGAUGGCCAAAACUGGACUUCAUUUCGUCAGAAUGGCAAAGUAAAGGUUUUCCAGGGAAAUCAAGACUCCUUCACACCUGUGGUGAACUCUAUAGACCCACCGCUACUGACGCGCUACCUUAGAAUUCACCCCCAGAGCUGGGUGCACCAGAUUGCCCUGAGGCUGGAGAUUCUGGGCUGUGAGACACAGCAGCUGUACUGAACAUUACAAGAAAUAAAGCACAACAUCUAAAUAUCCCAGUGCUUCCCGGCUGAUGUGGCUGAGUGGUUGAGC